AUGUCCCUCAGCCUCUAUCUCCGCGAGCCCAACCGCUCGUUCCGUUCGCGCCGCCGGGAUCCCUUGGCCAUAGCUCUUACACAGCUCGCCGAAUCAGUCUCCGCUGUUAGCGCGCGUCCUCUACGCAUUGGGUUGACUCAUGAUGUGCCGACCGCACUCGACAAUCAUCCUCGCCCUCCUUCGAGACCCAGCCCUCAAUCUCGCUGCGCAGUCUACAAGCUUGACCGAUAUCUCUCGUUCAGACCUCUCCAGGAAUUAAAGAGGGACAAGAAGAAGAAGAAGAAGAAGAAGAAGAAGAAGAAGAAGAAGAAGAAGAAGAAGAAGAAGAGAAGGAGGUCGAUAGCCUGCUUGAGUUACCACCGUACCACAAGAAGUUUCACUAUGAGAAGCUUCUCCACAGGUUGCCGCCGCUCUUCGAUACACUACUUCUCACAUACGGACAAACUCCUUUUACCGUCGUCGCCCACCUACACACGUGGCAAAGACAGUUUUCUCCUUGCCCAAUCCAGCCGAAGCCGGCGGUCGUCUUCGCCUCGAAUCCUCUCCUGCCACACCCGCCAGCCUAGCUGGACAAUCGCCCGGAAUUUGUGCUUUCAAGCUCUAUCUGUCCCGACUUCCGCGUAA